GUUGCGAAGACGACCGCAAUCGAGGCACAACUGUUGUGAUCGCCUGCCAGUGAAAAUAGCCAGUGAUCUAGUUCCGCGAGAUUUCUUUCUUGGAUCCUACUGUGCUUGAGAUCCUUAACAUCUAUAUCUAUUAAAUUGCAAAAUUUUUUUUCAUUUUCUUUACAUCCGCCAGUGAGAUUUGUACCGUUAUAAUGCGAGGGCUACUUAUAAGGCUGAUAUUUCUGACAACAGCAUGUGUGUGGGCUAAACCCGCACCUGAAGCACCUGUGGAUUCUUAUUUCCCUCCCUCCUCCGGGGUUGGUGGUGGUUAUCCUUCAGGUCCAGCAGACACCUAUGGCCCACCACAACAGCCGCAAAGACCUCCAGUAAUUCAUAAACAUGUAUAUGUUCAUGUUCCACCACCAGAAGCUCCGGAAUACAAACCACCGAAAUAUUUACCACCUCCUCAAGCUCCACAAAAACAUUACAAGAUAGUUUUCAUUAAAGCUCCUACUCCUCCAACUCCAACAGCACCAGUUCUUCCACCUCUACCACCACCAGAUGAGCAAAAGACGCUUAUUUAUGUAUUGGUAAAGAAACCUGAAGAUGCACCAGAAGUUGUUUUGCCUACUCAAGCACCUACUCAACCCAGUAAACCUGAAGUAUACUUCAUUCGCUAUAAAACUCAGAAAGAACAAUCGGGAAGCUAUGGACCACCAGCUGCUCCCCCACCAGACAGUUACGGACCACCAAGCUCUGGUGGUCCGGGGGGUCCUUACUAAAGCACCAGUACUCGAAUGAAUAGUGUGCCAACAACCAAAAAUCGAAUAAAAACAAACUCAUAAAAAGUAUAUGAAUAUUAUAAUUAUAAUAAACUAUUUUUUUAUAUAAAAAAAAAAAAGAU